GGCGCUGCCGGCGCGGCCCGGAACACGCUAGUGGAGCGGAAGAUGGCGGCGGCAGCGGUGGCUGCAGCCGGGACCCCACUUGGCCUGAGGUGGAGGAGCUGCCGGCUCUGACCUCGCUGUGGCUCCGGUGCGCGCAGCGGAGCGUGUGCGAGGCCCCGCGCGUAGGGCAGGGGCGGCGGCGGCGAUUGCGCGCCGCCCUGAGGAGCGCCCCGGCGGCGGCGCUGCUGCGGCUGAGGAGAGAGCCGGCUCUGGGCCUCCGCGUCCUCCUGCUCCCCGGGCCCCCCGCCUCCUCGGGGGGGCGGCGGCGGCGAUGUUCUCGGUCCUCUCGUACGGGCGGCUGGUGGCCCGCGCCGUGCUUGGCGGCCUCUCGCAGACCGACCCCAGGGCCGGUGGCGGCGGCAGCGGUGACUACGGGCUGGUGACGGCCGGCUGCGGCUUCGGCAAAGACUUCCGUAAGGGCCUUCUCAAGAAGGGCGCGUGCUACGGGGACGACGCGUGCUUCGUGGCCCGGCACCGCUCGGCAGACGUGCUCGGAGUUGCAGAUGGUGUAGGAGGAUGGAGAGACUAUGGAGUUGAUCCAUCCCAGUUCUCAGGGACUUUAAUGCGGACAUGUGAACGGUUAGUAAAAGAAGGACGGUUCGUCCCAAGUAACCCCAUUGGAAUCCUCACCACAAGCUACUGUGAGUUGCUGCAAAAUAAAGUACCUUUGCUUGGUAGCAGUACUGCCUGCAUCGUGGUGCUGGACAGAACUAGCCACCGCUUACACACAGCAAACCUGGGUGAUUCAGGCUUUUUGGUUGUCAGGGGCGGUGAAGUUGUGCACCGAUCAGAUGAACAGCAGCAUUACUUCAACACUCCAUUCCAGCUCUCAAUUGCACCACCUGAAGCCGAAGGAGUCGUCCUAAGUGACAGCCCAGAUGCUGCUGAUAGCACAUCUUUUGAUGUCCAGUUAGGAGACAUUAUCCUGACGGCAACAGAUGGACUUUUUGACAACAUGCCUGAUUAUAUGAUCCUUCAGGAGCUAAAAAAAUUAAAGAAUUCAAAUUAUGAAAGUAUACAACAGACGGCAAGAAGCAUUGCUGAGCAAGCCCAUGAGCUGGCCUAUGACCCAAAUUAUAUGUCACCUUUUGCACAGUUUGCAUGUGACAACGGAUUGAAUGUGAGAGGUGGAAAGCCAGAUGACAUCACCGUCCUUCUUUCAAUAGUGGCUGAGUAUACAGACUGACUCGCCUAAGUGUCAACUCCGGCCUUUCCUUUCAUUUUCCCAGAUUCUCCCCUGCCAUGUGUGCUGAUGCUGCUGGCAGGACUGUGUUUCUUUGCCACUGAUCUCAAUGGCCUGUGAUGUAAGCCUUUGCUUGUCUUUUUGAGACCUGGUUGAGAUCUUUGUGGAGAACCACUACUGUCAUUCGCUAGCUCAUAUCUGCCAGCAACUUGGAAGAGAAUCAAGGUUUGAAGAUUGACCUUCACUUCUUACAGUCCUUUCUACAAUGGAAUGGAGAUUUUCAACGCCAAAAUGGCUAUUAUGUUUCAAAAAUGGUUUAAGUAUUGAAAAUGAGUGAUGUUGGUAAAGUGAAUUCAAAAUUACAAUGUGUAAAAGGGAUUUUAAAGUCUAACACAAAUUGUAUGUUAUGGUACAUCUACUAGAAACAUUAUCAUCAAAAGAAAUGUUACACGUGUACUAUACAGUCUUUGUUAUGAUGAUUGGUGUGGCUUUAUGUUUUCAUUAUAAACUCCUGUUUUUCAGGGGCUUAUAAUUCUGCUCUAAAACAUUGCUCUGGAUUAUGAAAUCUUCAUCCCAGGAGCUUUUUUGUUACAAAUUGGAAGAAAAAUUUAGUUUAGUUCUAUGGAUGCAAAUGUGUUUUGGUUUUUAAAAGAUGCUUACUCGUGCUCCUGUGAGGGAAGUUCCGGCAGUUUAUUGAUUAGUCCAAAUUAUAGGCUGGUGGCUUGAUUUGCAGGAGGCAUUGGGGAGACUCCCUACCAGAUUUUUCCAAAGGAAAUAUUACUCAAGAUUAUAAAACUCCUCAAAGCCUAGAAAUUUAAUGUUAUGGCUGAAAUUCCUCCCAGCUUUCUGAUACGAGCUUCCUGUGUGGGAGCUCUAGGCCCGCAGGCCUCACAGGUUGAGAACAGACAGCUAUAACUUUGAAUUUUGUUGGGUUUUGAUGGUCAUGUUACUCCUAGUCUCCCUCUCAGACCUUUCAUUAAUAGGCUUGCUUUCCAUAGAGCACGCACCAGGUUCAGGGAGUCCAUGUGAAAAGAGCACUGUGGGCAGUGACAACGGCACAGGAGUCCACGAGGAGAACUCCUGGUGAUGAUCUGACAUUUGCAUUUGCCCUACACAAAAAUUUAGGGGUUUCUGAAUCAAGCUUAAUGUUUACAGUUUCCGAAUAGCCAUCUUGCAGUGUAUAGUUUCCGUAUAAAACUACCCACAGUUUUCCCCUUACCUGCAAGCUCAAACUUAUUUUUAAGGUUUGUGCACAAGUCAACUGCUGUAAAGAUAUAUAUUUUUGGGUCAGUUUUUUUUCCUUCAUUAACUUGGUGGUAGAAAAAUAUAUAUACUUAGAAAUCCUUAAAUUAAAGCCAUGUUUUAUAUAUAAGUCAGGUAACAUUGGUGUAUAGAUGAGAAUGCAAUUAAACCUGAUGAGGAUCUACUGGAAGAGAAUACAGAAAGUAUCUUUCUCUAAAGGAGAGACUUAUUUCCUGGUUUAUUGCAUUAAAACUUAUGUUUGAGGUUACCUCAACUUGUUUUAAAAGAUUUUGUUUUGUGAAUUUGUACUGUAUAUUUGAGUAACUGUCAAGCUUUUGUUUUAUUUAAAAUUGUUUAACAUGUACCAUGUACAUGUCAUUACUAUAUUUCAAUGCAUCAUGCUUGUAACAGGCAUUUCAUUUAUAAUAAGAAUGAGUUAUUCAUUUGUAAGCCGUUCAGUAAUUUAUCUACUAUUCCUAAAUUGGCAUAAUGUUAGAUAUCUAUUUUGAAUCACCUUUAAUUACAUGUCAGAAUGCCUUAACUACCCUAACUUGACAAAACAGAAUUCGUUGGUAGAGGAGAUAGGGGUCAGGGCCGGGAGGGGUGGGUAGAGGUACAUUCUGUUUAAAUAAUGAGUACCCAUCGUGCUAUGAUAAAACACGGAAGCAUGAGUGGCAAGUGGCAGGGUAUUUAUUUUGCACAAACUGUUUGCAGUCUCUGUAUAUUUAAAAAGUAAAGAAAGUUGCAUCCAGAAGGGUUUUGUUAGAAGGAAUACAUUUAUAUUUGGGCUGACAAUUUCAGUUCUUUCGUUUGGGUUUUUAAUUAUUUCUGGUCAGGGGUAUGUAGCCUUAUGAUCUGGAUAUAUCUUGCAUUAAUUUUCCAAUGCCUACUUUUAAUUCCUUGUAAGAGCAGUGCUGGUCAAGUCACUGGCUUUUCUCUGCUCUCAUUUAACCCAUCAAACACAAUCUUUAUAAAGCUAGAUUGGUGGUGUUUUACACGACUCAUUUAAUCAACUUAGUCUUUUUUGAGAAAUGACCAUAAGAAAUCAACAAUGUUUGUGUCAGUGAUAUUGAAAAUAGUGGGACAAGAAUUUGAGUUUCACAAUGGAACUGACUUUGGACCUGGCCUAUAGAUUAGUGACACAGAAUAUUUUCUCGAUUUUCUUUUUGCCCUGUCCUUUGUGUGUGACACAAUUAAUUUUAUGACUGCCGGGGGGUGUGGGGGGGGUGAUCAGUUGGAGUGCUGCUUAACAAGUAACUCUCCUUCCACUCCCAGUAGUCAAGAGGCUCUGUUGGACCCAUACUGGAAUUUUCCAGGUCACAGAACCCAAGUCUCUGUGGGGAGUGACUGAGAUAUACCACUUGGUGGGUCUGAUUCUGAACUUGAUAUGUGUGUUAAUUAUAUUUUAAAUCAAGCAGCAUAAAACACACAUUUGCCUCAUGUAAUGGACUUUUAUAACAAAAGAGAAUUUGGAUUUCUAAUUUACAAAUGGCAAAUUAUUUAUCCCUGUCUGGAUGCACCAAAGACCAGUAAAGUUUAUAGCUUUUCCAUCUAUAUUUAUAAAGCAAUACUGUAUUAUAAAAAUCAAUAUUUUUAUCACAUGCUUGAAAUUUUUAUUUUAUUCUGUUUUAAAAUGUGCACUCGAAACAUAUCAGAACCUUAUUUCUUCCUGUGAACUUAAGCUGCCUGCGCACAAAAAAAAUUUACUGAAUGGAUAAUGCAGUAGAGUCCAUAGGCUCUUAAAAACUGAAAGAAGAAAUGGGGGUGGGGGAAACAAGUUAUUUGUCCUGAAUUACUGUACUGGCUUGACAUGGUUGAUAGGUACUAAAUCACAAAAGAAUCCAUUCCAGGUAUGCAUGUCUGGGGGGCUGUGCUACGUCUAGAGUAGAAACUAGAUUUCAAGCUUUGCAUGAUAGGAGAGUGUCCUCUUCUAUCAGCUGCAUUUGUUCUGGAUAGAACAGUAGCCUUCAGGACCACCUUUAGUACCACCAACCUACCACAUCGAGUAACAAGGCAGGAAUUGUGGGAAUUCACGGAGUCAGUUUUGAGCAUUUUGGAGAUUGUAAACAAGAUUGGCUAGAACUGUAAAUGUUCGUACUUUUGAAUAAGUUCAUGGUUCCUUGUCACCUUAUACCAGCUAUCUUUGUUAGAAGCUACAGCAUCCAAUUUCCCUGGAAACUAUCACAUUUUUGCAGUUAACAAAUUUUUACAAUAUCAAAAAAAUCCCCGAAAUCUGCUUAUAAAACUGAAAAUAUGAAGCAGAAAGCAUUUGGAUUCUAUUUAUUUAAAAAAAUUAUUUGCAGAAUUGAACUUCUCAAUUAAAAAGCAACAGUGUCCAUGUCAAAAUUUUAACUGUUAGCAGGUAGUCUGUGGCAAAGAUGGCUAAAUAUGAAGCAAAUUUGAAUCUGUGUAUACUAAUGAGCUGCUUUUUUCUGUUGAGACUAUCAUUAUUUGUCUUACCCAAGAGGCAAUGACCUGAAUUGGAUGUCUGAAAUAUAACUUAUGCAGGAAUAGUUCUGUAAAUACAUUUAAAUAAACUGUAAAGAUAUUUAAUAAAUAUAGUAUUUAUACUAAUCUGCGUAACUCCUCUUCACUUGAACCGUAACUGAGUAAGACACCAGCCCUUGGCAUUUUGUUGGUCUCUAUAUCAAGUCCUCAUUUCCAAGCCUCUUAGUCAUUCUAGCAGGGACUCCUUACUUUGUAGCUGUCAUUUUCUGUCUUUUCCUAGUUUAUCUCCCUUAGCUCUUUUUCACCAGCUGGUUUACUACAUCAGUUUAGCUGCCUCAAAAAUUCCAUCAAAAUGGACUGAUAAUUGAACGUAAAA